GCGUAGAGCGACAGUCGCUUUUCCCCGAGUCGCAUCCCGCGUUACAUCUCCUCCUGCACUCAGCUCUCCAGGCUUCCAUCUGAUCUCAUCCCAUCCGGUGUGUCAGAGCCGGUUUGGUCCAGAGGGAGGAGAACGGAACCCCGGGUGGUUUAUUACAUCCGAUUCUUUGUCCGUUUGAUGCUUUGAUUCCCGGGACGGAUCCUGGGUGGUGUCACGAUGAUCGAGAGACCGGACUCGGCUGUUUCCAGCGCUGCGCAGAGGAAUCUGGAGGGAUACGUGGGAUUCGCCAAUCUGCCCAACCAAGUUUACCGCAAGUCUGUCAAAAGGGGCUUCGAGUUCACACUCAUGGUUGUAGGUGAGUCUGGAUUGGGCAAGUCGACGCUCAUCAACUCGCUGUUCCUCACUGACCUGUACUCCAAGGAUUACCCCGGACCCUCCCAGAGGAUCAAAAAGACGGUGCAGGUGGAGCAGUCCAAAGUGCUGAUAAAGGAGGGCGGAGUUCAGCUCACACUCACUAUAGUGGACACGCCAGGGUUCGGAGACGCCGUGGACAACAGCAACUGUUGGCAGCCGGUGAUCAACUACAUCGACAGUAAGUGUGAGGACUUCCUGAACGCUGAAUCUCGAGUCAACCGGAGACAAAUGCCAGAUAACCGAGUGCACUGCUGCUUGUACUUCAUCGCCCCCUCUGGUCACGGAUUAAAGCCUCUGGAUAUCGAGUUCAUGAAGCGUUUACACGACAAAGUCAACGUCAUCCCGCUGAUCGCUAAGGCAGAUACACUCACACCUGAGGAGUGUCAGCAAUUCAAGAAACAGAUAAUGAAAGAGAUUCAAGAACACAAAAUAAAGAUUUACGAGUUUCCCGACACGGAGGAGGACGAGGAUAAACUCAUCCGCAAGAUAAAGGAGCGGAUGCCCCUGGCUGUUGUGGGCAGUAACGUGGUGGUGGAGGUGAACGGCAGGAAGGUCAGAGGGCGUCAGUACCCCUGGGGCGUGGCAGAAGUGGAGAACGGCGAGCACUGUGACUUUACUGUCCUGCGAAACAUGCUCAUCAGGACUCACAUGCAGGACCUGAAGGACGUGACUAACAACGUGCACUACGAGAACUAUCGCAGCAAGAAGCUAGCGGCCGUCACCUGUAACGGAGUGGACGCCAGCAAGAGCAAAGGCCAGCUCACCAAGAGCCCACUGGCUCAGAUGGAGGAGGAGCGGAGGGAGCACGUGAUGAAGAUGAAGAAGAUGGAGGGUGAAAUGGAGCAGGUGUUUGAGAUGAAGGUCAAAGAGAAGAAGCAGAAACUGAAGGAUUCUGAGGCUGAGUUGGAGAGGAGGCACGAGCAGAUGAAGAGGAACCUGGAGGUGCAGUAUAAGGAACUGGAGGAGAAGAGGAGGCAGUAUGAGGAGGAGAAGAACAACUGGGAGGUUCAGCAACGUCUACUGGAGCAGCAGAAACUCGACGCCUCCAAGACGAUGGAGAAGAACAAGAAAAAAGGGAAAAUCUUUUAACACGUCCGGCGUCCUCACCCUGUCCCUCAGCAACACACACUCCUGAUCACAUGAUUAUAUCCUCCAGGCUCUACACACACACACACACACAUUUCUUUUUUUUACAUUAAUUGACACAUUAAUUGUGUGUGUGUGUGUGUGUGUGUGUGUGUGUGUGUGUGUGAUGAUCUGUAUCACAGCUCUGUAACUUCAUUUAGAUGGUGUGAGGCGCCCUCGUGUGGACGCUGAUGGCUAUUGCAGUCACUGCUGAGUUCAUCCUAGAGUUUAAUGACGAGGAGGGUUUUAUUUACCGUCCCUCUGAUAGCUAAGAAUAAGCUCUGACACACACACACACACGCACACACACACACACACACACACACACACAUGAGUAAGAGACCCAAGCAUUAACCGUGACCCCAUUUGAUCAUGUACACCGUACUGCGUGUGUGUGUAUGUGUGUGUGUGUGUGUGUGUGUGUGUGUGUUAUUAGGUUACAUAGAUCUCACUUUUAUGUCUAGCUAAUGCUUUUGCACAGAAAGUGGCCUAGCGAGGUAAGAUACUGUUUUUUUUAUGUCCAGAAAGCGCUCAGAUUUGCUUCAGGCAGGUGAAAUAGGAUACUACACACACACACACACACACACACACACACACACACACACUGCUAUCCACUAUGCAAAUGUAAACAGUUCUUCCAGCUAGCAGUUAGAAAACGCUGCAAAAACAUCUCAGUAGAUCUAACACUCUAACAUCUGCCGAGGCUUAAUAAUAGAACGCACCAUCAGCACCACUCAUACCCCCCCCCCCCCACACACACACACACACAUGCUUGAUAUGUUGUUUUUUUCUGUUUUCACCUCUGCAUUUUAUUCCUGUCUGUUCUGUUCAUCCUAACUGUACAUUAUUAUUCCUAUUAAAGAUGAGACGGUGAUACUAAACACA